GAAGAAGUCUCAAUUCCACGCAAUAGUUUUACCAAAAAUACAAAGAAAAAAGGAAGCAAAUCUUUAAAACAAAAAAAACCUAAUUAUUAUAUAUUUUGCCAUUUAAAAGAGAGGCAUUGCGAGUGAGAAAGAUUGGGGGGAUAUGGAAGAGAUGGUGGCGCACAAUAGCAAUAGCCCUGUUUGUGUCUGGGUCCUUGGGUUUCUUUUGUUUUCCUUUUUAUGCCUCAGAAAACCUAAAAGCCCACGAGAGAAGAGACCGCAUCCCCUCUCCUCUCCUCUCCCUUUUAUCUCUUCGCCGCUUCCCUCUCUUCUCGCAGAUCCACACAGAUCUUCGCUCUCUAUCGCUUUUUUUUCUCUCAAUUCGAAACCGUCAGAUCUCAUCGAUUUUUCGUCGGAUUUCAUCGAUUCAAGGACAGAUCCAGGAGUUUGCUAAUUGCUAACAAAUCUUCCAGCCAAGAUGCAGGGCUAUGAGGAAGACCUUGACGAGGAAGCUGGAUAUGACGACUAUUACAGUGAUGAUAAUGGAUUGGAUGAAUAUGAAGAUUAUGAAGAGGAGGAAGAAGAAGAAGCACCUCCAAAGGAAGAGUUAGAGUAUCUUGAAUUGCGUCAAAAGAUUAAGGAUGACAUCAGGAAAAAAUCUGCAGGUGGAAGUGUUAAUGGUCAAUCUUCACAAGACAGAAGAAAAAAACUCCCUUACAAUGACUUUGGUUCCUUCUUUGGUCCUUCACGGCCUGUGAUAUCCUCGAGGGUUAUACAAGAAAGCAAAUCCUUGCUAGAAAACGAGAUAAAGAACUCUAACCAACCUAAGAAAAGACCUGUUCCAGCGAGCAGUUCGGGCAAUAAGAAUGUGUCACAUGAGAAGCGGCCUAAAGUUGUGAGUGCCAUGAGAAGAAAAGUUGAGACUCUUAAGGAUACAAGAGACUAUUCCUUCUUGUUUUCCGAUGAUGCGGAGCUCCCUGCUCCGAAGAAGGAACCUUUGUCUCGAAGAGCUUCUUUUCCUAGCUCCGGUAGGCUUUUUGGUGAUGUUCAAGAGGCUCGAUCUGCUCAAUUAUCAGCAAAGCUCAAACAGUCAUCAGGUGCCAAUGGUAGAGUCGCUCAAGGUCCACCUCGUGAGGAGAAGAGACCCGUUGUUUCAGCGAAUGGGCAUCCAAGACCAAGACCGUCUUCCUCUGGCAGCCAAAUGAAUCAUUCAAGACCGGGUUCCUCAGGCAGCCAUAUGCAAAAUUCAAGACCGACGAAUUCAUCAGGAAGCCAAAUGCAGUCGAGGGCUGUCUCAGGGAGACCCACUUCCUCAGGUAGCAGCCAAAUGCAGAAAUCGAGACCGGUGGCUUCCUCUAGUAGCCAAAUGCAGAAUUCAAGACCGUCUUCCUCUGGUAACCAAUUGCAGCAAAGAGCUGCAUCUUCGGGAAGCCAGAGGCCUCCUUCGACAAACCGUCAAGCACCCAUGAGGCCACCAGGUUCAACAAUGAAUGGCCAAUCAGCUAACCGGAAUGUCCAGCCAAGUUCCAGAUCAGAACUCCAAAGAUCAGCUCCUGGGAAGGUGCCGGUGGAUCAUAGGAGGCAGAUGAGCAACAUCAGCAGCAAUGGAACUGGUCCUGGUCGGUCAGGGUCCACAGCGAGACCUUUACCUUCUAAGCCUUCGUUGGAGAGAAAGCCCUCCAUCUCGGCGGGAAAGAGUUCUCUUCAAAGUGCUCAAAGACCGUCCUCGUCUAGACCAAUGUCAUCUGACCCCAGACAACGGCUGGGAGAACAGAGAAAGGUUUCUCGUGACCCUACCACAUCCCCAAUGAUCCCAAAACAACCAGUGCCUACCUCAAGACACCAGAUGAUGAGUAAACCGGCUCCCAAGAGACCUCUACAGCGUGAUAUGCAUGAUGAUAGGAGGCCACUGAAGAAAAAGAAGCCUGCAAUAAUGUCAGAAGAUGCCAAGGCAUUGAGCAUGAUUAGACAGAUGUUCAAUACCAAUCGUUAUGCUGGGCGUGACGAUGAUGACCGAAACAUGGAAGCUAACUUUGACGACAUCAUGAAGGAAGAGAGACGAAGUGCGAGAAUUGCAAGGGAGGAAGAUGAAAAAGAAGCGCAGCUGAUAGCACAAGAAGAAGAGCGAGAGAGACUGAGAAAGAUUCGGAAGAACCGUUAAAAGUUAGAAGGAACCUUUCAUCUGUCUUUUCUAUAUUUAUGAUGACUUGAGAUUUUUUUCAGUAGUUCUCGCAUUUGCAUCUCUUUGGCCACUUGUGGCAGAAGAGUUUUAACUUUUAUUUUAGUUUCUAUUUUUAUAAUUGUACAAUUAGUAAUAAUAUUUUAGUUGGAGAAGGCGAGCUUGAUUUUUUUUUUCUUUUGGUGAAACCAGAGAACGAAUGAAGAAAGAAACGAGAGAAAAAUAAUGUCGUAUAAUCC